AUGCAAAAAAUCCAAACAAAUAUUAUGAACAAAUUAAUUUGCAGGCGUAUAACGUUCAAUUAUUCAUUUUUAUCCGAAACAAUUCUUUUCAAUGUAGGCGCUAAAGAUCUGCAGACGUCUCAUGCAAAAAUCAACUUGACAUUUGCAGUUGAUAUACUUCAUUUCGAUGGUAAUGGUUGUAUUCUUGCUCGAUAUCGACUAGUAAAAUGUAUUUCUGGGCCAUGCCAUUAUCGAAUGCCCAGUGUUUAUGUUAAAUUCCUUCAAGGUAAAAGUAAUCUCGAAGAAAUUUUCGGAUCUAAAGGGGAUGAAAAUUAUUCAUGGAAUCCUCUUUUCGGUAUUGUAAGCUCAAUCUAUACGACCGAAAUUUAUGACCAUGGUGAUAAACAAAUUGUUAUGACACCAUAUGGAAUUUGCCGCAUUCGUUUUACGAAGCCAGCGGAUAAAUUAUUUAGAAGACGACUAGAUCGAUGUCGGUUGGAAACUACGAGGAAUCAUUCAUUUAUUCCUGCGUUGAAUACGCUAUCAUACAAUCAAAAUGUGAGCGAUAAUUGUUAUGCCAAUCUACAACUUCGUAUUUUAAAUAAUCGACUUCCGAUUUUCAAACUAUUUGAAGGAACGAACGAAUUAAUAAGUUUAAUAUGGAAUGCUGAUGGAAAACCAAUCGAAGCUUUUAGUUCAAAUUUAAUCCUUCAACAUCUCUCAUAUAAAUUUCCCUUAUUAAGUGGUUUGAUUGCAUCAGUUGAUAUUAUUGGAAGUUUAUCGCUGAAACUGAUCGCAUCCUCAAAAAUGAAUUUGUGGAACAGAGAUGCGGAUCUUAUGAUUACCAUCGAACCAACUUUUUACUAUAAAUCAUCGAAUCCUUUUUUCUUUUUAUAA